UCCCUUCCCGAUCUCAAUCCUCUUCCCUUCUCCGACUCUCUUUCUCUCUCUCUGAUAACGAAUCCUUCCCGUCGCCGUCCUCCGACGCCGGCCUCCGACACCGACCAGUCGUCCACCUGCUUCUUCCGUGAACCGUCAACUGUCCAGUCUCCAGGGUAUCCCAAUUCUUAGGGCCGGCCCUGCUUCAAGAGGGCUUUAGUCAUUAAUGGCAACUUCAGACCAAGUAUCUGCUUCACUUGGUCCACGUUAUGCUCCAGAUGAUCCCACACUGCCCAAGCCUUGGAAGGGGCUAAUUGAUGGAAGUACCGGGCUUAUGUACUACUGGAAUCCUGAAACAAACAUGACCCAGUAUGAGAGGCCAUCUGCUGCUACACCUCCCUCUGUAGCCCCUGUUCUCCCACCCACAUCUUCUACAACUAAACAAAUUACUGCACAGGAAAUGGGAGCAAUGCAAGCAAAUGGUAGUAUUGGUCAGUAUGGGCAACCAACAGCAAAUGUUCCCCAACAACAUGCUUCUACUCUACAACAUAGUAUACAGAUGAUGCCCCAAACUUCUCAGCAACACAAUUCACAGCUAAUUCAAGCUGGAAGACAACAGGGACCCCAGUUUGGAGAGGGCACACAACAAUCUCAGGGGCAGUUAUCAGCACAACAUCUUGGCCAACAAUCUGCACAACCAAAUCAUCAAAUGCAUUUACAUCCUGCACAUCCAAUGCCACAGCAAUCAGGGCAUUCUAUGCCUCAACAAGCGAUGCAACAAACACCGCCACAGCCUGCAGGGCAACAAGCAGGGCAAUAUCAAGGUUCACAAGUUGGUCAACUUCAGGGGAACCCAUAUGUACAUCAACACAUGCAAUAUAUGUCAUAUCAACAACCAAAUCUACAAGGACAACAAGGUUUUCCACAACAGCCUCAGCAAACUGUUCAUGGAAGUGUUUAUCCCCCCCAACAGGAGCACAAAUCAGGAGUACCUCCCCAGGGCAGUAUGUAUCCCCAACAUGAGCAAAAGUCAGGAGUAUCUUCCCGAGAUGAUUUUGAUCAUCAACAAGGUAACCCUACUAGAUUUUCAUCUCCGCAGAUUCAACAACCCAGUGUGCCACCAAUUCAAAAUGCUCCUCAUGGAGCAAACUCUAAUCAGAUGCCACAAAUGGGUGUACGUCCUGGUCAAGGCCAAAGAUUUGGGAAUUCCCCUCUCAAUUUGCAACAGCCACCUUCAUUGGUUCCAACACCUCAAAGUGCUCCAGAAGUAGCUUAUCAGCAACAUGUUUCACCUUACCAUAAUCAGAUAGAUAUGCAUAGUCAAUCACCUAAUGUUCCUCCUGCCAAUUUAAAGACCGGUUUUGAAGAAAACCCUCCUAGAAGAGCUGGGAAUUACUUCAGCAAUAACAACGAUGGUAACACUAUGGCUCCUCAACAACCAAAAUUGGCAGCAAUACCUGUGGGAAGGAAUCCGCAGGAGAUGUGGAUGAAUGGUCCUCCUGUUACACCUUCUUUUGAUGGUGCCAUGAACAGUUCUGGAGGUCCUGGAUACCAUAAUAUGUACAGCCACGGGGUUGGUGGUCCAUCAUUUCCCCCAAAUGCUACAGUGAAACCUUCUCCAAUGGUUAGUGGGUCUGUUGAUCCUAGCAACCUUUCACCUGCUGAUCACUAUCGUCAGAAGCAUGAAGUAACUGUUACUGGUGAUAAUAUUCCAGCUCCUUUUAUGACGUUUGAAACGACUGGCUUUCCACCGGAAAUAUUGAGAGAGAUACAAAGUGCUGGCUUCAGAUCUCCCACACCUAUUCAGGCACAAACAUGGCCAAUAGCUUUACAGGGAAGGGACAUUGUUGCAAUUGCCAAAACAGGUUCUGGAAAAACGUUGGGUUACCUGAUGCCAGCCUUCAUUCUACUCAGACACCGACGCAAUAAUCCUGUGCAUGGACCCACUGUAUUGGUUUUAGCUCCAACCCGUGAACUUGCCACGCAAAUCCAAGAUGAGGCAAUUAAAUUUUCCAGAUCAUCUGGGAUCUCGUGCACAUGCCUAUAUGGUGGUGCACCUAAGGGACCACAGUUGAAAGAGUUGGAGAGAGGAGCGGACAUUGUUGUGGCGACUCCUGGGCGACUCAAUGAUAUUCUUGAAAUGAGGAAAAUUGAGUUUAGGCAAAUUUCUCUUCUUGUGCUUGAUGAGGCAGAUAGAAUGCUUGAUAUGGGCUUUGAGCCCCAGAUACGGAAGAUUGUGAAUGAGAUUCCUCCUCGACGACAAACACUGAUGUUUACAGCCACCUGGCCCAAAGAAGUGAGGAAAAUAGCAAAUGAUCUUCUUGUUGGACCCAUUCAGGUGAAUAUUGGCAGCGUCGAUGAACUUGCUGCAAACAAGUCUAUUACACAGUAUGUUGAAGUAGUCCAUCAAAUGGACAAGCAGAGGCGUGUUGAGCAAAUCCUUAGAUCCCAAGAGCCAGGGUCAAAAGUGAUUCUAUUCUGUUCGACAAAAAGGUUAUGUGAUCAGCUGGCACGUAGUAUAGGGCCUAGAUUUGGCGCUGCUGCAAUUCAUGGAGAUAAGUCUCAAAUUGAAAGGGACUCAGUUUUGAAUCAGUUCAGGAGUGGAAAAACUCAAAUAUUAGUGGCUACUGAUGUCGCUGCACGUGGGCUUGACAUAAAAGAUAUUAAGGUUGUGAUAAACUACGACUUCCCGACCGGCAUCGAAGACUAUGUCCAUCGAAUUGGAAGAACUGGGAGAGCGGGAGCAAGUGGAGUGGCGUACACGUUCUUAUCUGAACAGGACUGGAAACAUGCCGGUGACUUAGUGAAAGUUCUAGAGGGUGCAAACCAGCAAGUUCCCCCAGAGAUAAGAGAGAUGGCAAUGCACGGUGGUCCCAGUCGAGGUGGGAUGAGCCGUUUCGAUCCCGGUGCAGGUUCUGGCGGUCGUUGGGACGGUGGUCGGGGAGGAAGAGACGCUGGUUUUGGUGGUCGUGGCGGAGGAAGGGAUGCGGGAUUCGGCGGUCGUGGUGUGGGAGGUAGGGGUGAUGGAGGAGGAUUCGGUGGUCGUGGUGGCGGAGGAAGGGAUAUGGGCUUUGGCGGUGGUGGCCGUGGAGGAGGAAGGGAUAUGGGUUUUGGUGGAGGAAGAGAUAUGGGAUUUGGUGGACGUGGAGGAGGUAGGGAUGGUGGAUUUGGCGGUCGGGGUGGAGGAGGGAGGGACGGUGGUUUUGGCGGGAGAGGUGGAGGGAGAGACGGAGGGUUUGGGGGGCGUGGGGGAUUUAGUCAUCGUGGUGGCGGAAGUUUCGGUGGAUCAGUUGGAGGAUAUGAUCGUGGGGGAAACGAUAGAUACAACAAUAUGAGUUCGAUGGAUGGUCGCGGAAGGGGGGGAUGGGGAGGAAGUAGUAGGGGUGGACGGUUUGAGAACAGAAAUAGCAGAGGGAGGAGUUAUAGUCGGAGUCCUGAUCGGGGGCGUGAUUAUAGGAGUCGGAGUAGGAGCCGAAGCUAUAGUCGCAGUAGGAGCAGGAGUUGGAGCCGAAGUAGGAGCAGGAGUUGGAGUCGUAGCCCUAGUAGGAGAAGCAGAAGUCGGAGUAGGAGCAUUAAUGAGAGGCGUGAAAGGCCUGCUCGGAAAAGCAAGUUUGAUCAGAUGGAACCGGAUGUACCCAAUUUCGGCGUUGUUGCUGCUGCUCCUGUUGUAGCGGUUGAAGGUGGCGGGCGCGGAGGAAGUCUGCAUGCAGGUGGUGGCGGUGAGCACCCACCAAGUGAAACCUCUUGAGUGCAAACAUAUAAGAAGAAGAUAGAUUUUUGCUGGAAUAUUUUUCUCAUUUUCAUCCAUCCUCCAAUCAUGAGAAGCAUUAUUAUGAUAUAUACUACUACUACUACAUGGGUUGUUGUUUCUUCAUGAGAAUGAGUUUGAGAGAGUAGUCAUUAUUUUUAGUUAAGAUUGUUACAAAAAAAAAAAAAAACUCUUGAAAAUGCUUCAACUAUCAUCUAUAAUCUCUUGUUUCUUAUUCUUGCAACUAAAAACCCAUGUUCUAUUAAGACUUGUUUUCAUAUUUUUUAAUCAUCUCAUAAGAUGAUAUACUUUUUGUAACUUACUCAUUAGGUUCUUUGGAGAUCCUUUUUAACAAAUGUUCAUGAUGGACUUACUCUACUAAUGCUUGAUUCAUUCUUUA